UUAGAUUUACAGGUUUUGUUAGUAAAAUGAUGCUGUCUUAUCUGUGGUGCUGUCUUAAGCUCCGUGUCAGAUGACCCAAAGCAUCAGCUCCACCCCCACCCUAAUGGAAUUCGUUGCUCCCACUUCCCUACACCCUACCAGGACCUGCUUCCCUCCCACACACGGGCUCUCUUGACACAUCUCUCUCUCUCUGUGUCUCUCUCUGUCUCUCUCUCUUUCUCUCUCCCCUCCUCCCACUUUUUCACCCUCUUUUCUCCCUCCUCCUCCAGCCUGUCAGUAUUGUACCCCACCUUUCCUUUGACUAGAUGUUUGGUGUGUUUUGUGGUGGUCUUAUAGGUUUGUUACAAAGGAUAUUACCAAGGAUACUAAUGAAAUACCAGAUGAAAAGUUAGGCUCUUUCCAGGGGCAUCACCUUCCAGAAACAUCCAAGUGUUCAGCUAUCUAGGAAGUUCUCCACAUGUAGUCCUUUUGGAAUUUUAAAAGAGGCUUCAUUACAUAGGCAUGAUUGAUUAACUCAUUGGCUAUUGGUGAUCAAUCAACCUAACCUUCAGCCUCUCUUUCCUCCCUGUGUUUGGGAGGUAGGACUGAAAGUUCUAAAUUUCUAAUCCUACUUUGGUCUUUUUGGAGGGUCCAGCCCCCAUCCUGAAGCAAGCUAGAGGCUACCAACCAUCAGUCAACUAAUUAGCAUUUGAAAAGACAUUCUCACUUUGGAGAUUCCAAGGAAUUUAGGAGCUGUAUGGCCACAAAUGGACUAGAUAGAUAGAUAGAUAGAUAGCUAUUUUAUAGUAUUACAGAGGGUAUACAAAUAUUCAACCUAUGACAACUAUAAUAAAAUGCCAGAACAAUCUGACAUUUUGAGGUCUGUGUCUAAAACAGAGCCUUUGAAGGACUUGUUUCCAUGAGCAUGCUACUCAUAACCACACUGAUGCUUUUGUGUAAUUAAAUUUACAAAUUCUUUGCUGUGCUGCUGCUUCUUCUGUGGCUCUGAGCUUGGAGAGUUCCAGCCAGGCUCAAAGUCAGGAAGAGGAGGUGUGGUGGACUUUUGGGCUGUGCCGCUCAGCAGCUAGAAUGUGGUUGGCAGUCUCCUCCCCUUCCUGCACUUCAGCUCUACACAGUGUGCACUCUGGAAUGACAGGCAUUCCUGUGUGAAGAGAGCCUGUGUGAAGACAUCUUUGAAAGAACUACAAGUGCCCAGACCUGGAUACAGGGAUUAGAAACUCGGGCAUAUUAACCGACCUCGUGCCAUUUCCUGAUGCUUGUCUGGCAGUGACACCAAGAGAGGAUUCUGUGUCCCCUCCUUUGUGGAUUUAUCUUUUUAAGAAGUUUGCUUUGUCCAGGAGAGUUGGUUGUCGUGAGAUACAUCAGACAAUUUAAUCAUGGGGCAAGCUGAUGUCUCCAGACCGGUAAAUCCAGAUGCAGUGGAAGAAGCAGGCCAGCCCACUGCAGAUCCAGGCAUGAUCAUGGACAGUGUGGAAGCUGGAGACACAACUCCUCCCACCAAAAGGAAGAGCAAGUUCUCAGGCUUUGGCAAGAUUUUCAAGCCCUGGAAAUGGAGGAAAAAAAAAAGUAGUGAUAAAUUCAAAGAGACAUCAGAAGUUCUAGAGCGAAAAAUAUCUAUGCGCAAACCAAGAGAAGAGCUGGUUAAAAGAGGUGUUCUGUUGGAAGACCCUGAGCAGGGUGUUGAGGAUCCAGGAAAGUCAAGCUGCACUGUGUUAAAGAAUGGCCACACCACCCCUGUAGGGAGCGUUAGAUCUCCCAGUCCAGUCCACACAGAGGAAGAACCAGCAAGCAUAGCAAAUCCUAGGAAAGCUACUCCAGAAGAAGACCCAAAGAAGCGACUUGGCUCAACUGGAAGCCGGCCUAAUUCUGAAGGAGAGUCUGCUCCUGAGAAUGUACCCAAACAGCCUUUACUUCCCCCGAAAAGACCCUUAUCCUCUUCUUAUGAAGCAAACGAAGGACAAGCAAAGAAUGUCACUUCUUCUGGCAGCAUGACGAGGUCCAUCUCUUCUGCUUCCACCUCUUCCAUCAACACAGCACCUAGUGCCACCACUGCUGCCACAAAUCUAGCAAAGACUGCUAACUCCUUCGUUACACCUUCCCCGGCACCCAGGACUCCGUGUGCAGCUCCUGCCAGCACUAACACUACUACUACCCCAAGCUUUAUGCAUACAGUCCCUGCCAAGCAGCCUCCAGUUCCUCCACCUAAACCAGCUCAUAGAAAUAGCAACCCUGUCAUCGCUGAACUGUCUCAAGCAAUAAACAGUGGUACAUUAUUAUCAAAACCAUCCCCACCCUUGCCACCCAAGAGAAUCAUUCCAUCAGGCUUGGUGUCCACCUUGGAGCUUGCUGCUGUUGUGACCACGAAGACACCAAGUGAUCAAAGAGAGAAGAACACAGGCUCUGUAGGCUCCGAACCACUGCUGAUGAUGCCACCCCCCACCCCCUCCCCACCACUGCCUACUCAUAUUCCUCCAGAGCCCCCGCGGUCCCCUCUAGUCCCUACUAAGACUUUUCAAGUUAUGCCAGAAAUUGAGUUUCUUCCACCCUUAGAUCUACCCCAUGAGGCUCACCAGCAGGAAGAUCAGAAAAAAGAAGUCCCCAAGAGGAUAUUGGACCAGAGCUUUGGAGAGCCCCAUAUACCCUCUAGGCUGCCCCCAGUCCCACUGCAUAUUCGAAUCCAGCAGGCCCUGACCAGCCCACUUCCCACGACGCCUCCCUUGGAGGGCUCUCACAGGGCUCAUUCAUUGCUCUUUGAGAACGGUGACAACUUUUCUGAAGAUAGCAACACCCUGGGUCGGACCAGGUCACUUCCUGUCACUAUUGAAAUGCUGAAAGUUCCAGACGAUGAAGAAGAGGAGGAGCAAAUCUGCCCGUCUGCGUUCAGUGAAGGUGUGACAUCUACCUCAGUCAUUCCUAAACUGCCACAGUGUCUACAGGAGGAAGAGGAAGAAAAGGAGAGUGACUCUGAUUCAGAGGGUCCCAUUCAGUACCUAGAUGAAGAGGAUGAAGACGAAUGCCAUCAGAGUGCUCUGGCCAACAAAGUGAAAAGGAAAGACACACUGGCAAUGAAGCUGAACCAGAGACCCAGUGAACCAGAGUUGAACUUGAACUCUUGGCCUCAUAAAAGCAAGGAGGAGUGGAAUGAAAUACGGCACCAAAUUGGAAACACACUGAUCCGGCGACUGAGUCAAAGACCAACACCAGAAGAACUAGAACAACGAAAUAUACUCCAGCCUAAAAAUGAAGCUGAUCGUCAGGCAGAAAAACGAGAGAUUAAACGUCGACUCACUAGAAAGCUCAGUCAAAGACCAACUGUGGCUGAACUACUUGCCAGGAAGAUUCUGAGGUUUAAUGAGUAUGUGGAGGUAACAGAUGCUCAGGAUUAUGACCGACGAGCCGACAAACCUUGGACCAAACUGACUCCUGCUGACAAGGCUGCCAUAAGAAAAGAAUUAAAUGAAUUUAAAAGCUCAGAGAUGGAGGUGCAUGAAGACAGCAAACAUUUUACACGCUAUCAUCGUCCAUGAUGCUGGAGUGUGAGAGAGGAGCUGUGUGACCUGCCCCCCAGAAACAAGGCUGCUUAGCUGCUCAGUCUCGAAUGACAUUGGAGGGAACUCUAGCACUUCUCAGCGCUGCCAGAAUCGCAUCCUCUGGGAUCUAGAUCUGGGGUACACAGCACUUCUAUGAAUGUAGCAUUUCACUGGAAGGGAUUCCCACGUGCUACCCUGGGACAAAAGUGAACACUCGUCAGUGUUGUUGAGCUUUUCAAUAUUGCAACAUACUUGAGGGGCUUUCUCGACCCAGCCACCAAAGUUCUGGGCCACUUGCAGGUUCUGGGUUUUAUUGGCUCCCUGUACCCUCAUCCCAUGAUGGCUGUGCUCAUAGUUGCACCAUUAACCUUACUUGCCCCGCCUGGGUUCUGAGACCCACUUGUGCAGCAGUAAUUCCAGCCAUCUGCAGGUCCUUUGACAGAGAAGCCCCUACCUCCAGGGGAGGCCGCACCCACGCUGGCGUGUCAGUGGAAAGCGCGCACUGAACCGCCUGUGACAGCAAUACCGUCCUCCGCGGGCUCUGAGCCGGCGGGCCUUCAGGAUCUGACAGAAGUCGUCCUGAUUGUAUUAAAAAGUGCUCUUGAAGAUGGAAUGGGAACUUUAUGUUUUCCUUGUCAUAAACAGUCUGAGCUGCAACCAGAAUCUAAGUUGGUUAAAUGAAAAAAAAAAAAAAAAGUGUGUAUUUUCUACACAUGAACACAAACAAAAGGCCUUAAUCUUAAUACCAGCUUGGCAGAAAACUGACUUGCGGCUGAAGUUUUACAGGCUGUUGUAUUAUGUGAAAUGUUACUGUGCAUCACUCUAACCAACAGAUGUAUUCUCCAUGAAGCAGCGUUUUAGCACCUCCUUGGGAGCACCUGUGUGCUGUCGGUCCCCACGCUCCCAGCCAGAAUCACAACUAAGUUGUAAGGGGUGUGGGGUCUGCCAGAGGAACAGGGCUGGGGAGCAGCAUGGAGGGGCUCGGUCACAGCCCACUGCUCCUGUCUCCUUCCCAGUGCUGUCUGCCCUCUCCUGCUGCACAGUCCCUUUCCACGCCAGUCCUGACCCUCCUGCCCUCCUGUGGCAGCUGCCACCUCGCUCACCCCUUCUCAUCCAUGCAGUAGCCAGUAUGGUUGUUACCUGGGCAUGGACCCAGCCCCCAACUCCUUUUGUAUUUAUAAUAUAUAUUAAUAUGGUUUCCUGAAACGAAAUUUUUAUUUUUAUGGAAAACCAAUCAGCCUCACUAUUUCCAUCUAAUUCCUAUCCAGACUAUAAGUGGGAAAACAUAACUUCUAUUGUAACUGAAGACUGUGACUUUCUUUCACUUAAUGUUUAGGACAUUGUGGCCUUGCCAUGGGUUUCUUCUGAGUUACCCUGCAGUCCCUGUCUUGUUAUAUGUGCGUCCUUCACGUUUUCUUCCUUUCACGUCCAUUAAAGACUUGUUGAAGAAUCAGACUAUCAGGUCAAAAAAAAAAAAGCUGAAGUGGCCUUAAAGGUAGUGUCUUCUCUGUGGGGAAAAGGAGGGAUUUGGAUUGCUCAGUUACUGUUAGACGUUUCUGGCUAUGGAAGUAACACUAGAACCACAUCUUCUUGAGCUCAGUACCACUCGGAGAUCAGCGAUGAUUCUCCUGAUCUGUAGAGGUCUGAAUGUAAGGUGGCCCACGUGACGUGACUGCCACCUGGACUUGUAACCUCUUGCUCGACGGUGUGGGGACUGCUUGGCUUUAUGCCCGCAUUCUCUGUGGCCCUCAUUUAAUGAGGUUUUCCAAUCCUUCCUUCACUGCCUUUCUUUCCCUUAAUGUGCCAACCCUGAAACAGGACUUGAUUUCUGGAACUACUUGUCUGCCUCUAUGUGCCACCAAGGAAUCUGGAUGAAUGUUCUCAUGUUCUUGAAAUAAGACACUCUGGGGGUCAAAGUCUGUUGAGGGUUUUUUUGUUGUUAUGUAUAUAAAAAUGGAUCUUGUGUUCCUUUGCUGUGUAAGUUGGUACUGUCAUGGAAACUCACAAUCAUUAUGUAAAAAAGAAAUAAAAGCCUGGUAUACUUCAAGAUUCUUCCCUGAUGUACAGAAUCUCCUUGUAAAAUAAAUCAUUUUGUUGUA